UCGCCCGGUUCUUCUCGCGGAUGCUGCGACCGAGCUUCUGUGCGCGCGGGCUCUCGCAGCGGCUGAACCCCUCCUCCUCCUCCUCCUCCUCCUCCAAAGAUGUCGCAUGAGCUUCUCGUCUCACCGCGGCGUUUUUUCUUUUCUCUUUUCUCUUUUUUCUUUUCCUCACCACUGCUCCUAACACUUCACGGAAUUCGGUCAAAUUAGCAGCUCCUCUCACCGCCCGGAGCAGCUCUGCCCCCCUUCUCCUCUUCUCCUCCUCCCGCAACGGAGAGGUGUUUAAACCCUCAACCCGGCGCAUCCUCUCUCUCUCUCUCUCUCUCUCUCUCUCUCUCUCUCUCUCCUCUCAUCCGCCGCAGAACUCCGCCGACCAUCCGUCAGGUGACCGCGCUGGAGCGGAAUAUUCAUCAGCACCGUCGUCGUCUUUCAUCCCCUCCACACUCCUCGGGACUCCAAGGCUGCUGCCGCAGCCCCUGGUCUCCCCGCCUCUCCCCCUUUUCCCCCCCGUAUCCUCUCAUCCGGGCUGGGACACUCUCCGCUCCGAGCACACGCAGAUUAACGGGGAUUCUGCCUCCCCGCCCGCGCGCUGAUGCUGAUGUCCUUGAGCUCGGCCUGCACGGUCCUGGUGGUGCAGCAGUAGCUACCUCUGAACUGGAUCCACUUCCUCUCUCUCUGAUUUAUCAGCCACCUUUGCCCCACUUUCCAUCCGUCCAUCAUACCUCCAUCCCCGUCUGUAAGUCUGUCAGCCCGUCCGUCCGUCCGUCCAUGGACUGGCUGUGACCCUGGAGGGAGGGGGACAGAAAACAAGGAAAGAGCGGAGUUGCAGAGGAAACAAAGUAAAAAGAAAGCUGGAUUCAUUCAGACAUCACGCUUCUGAAGUGCCCCUGCUCGCUGUCCUUGAUCCCCCUCACCUUCCUCCUCCUCCUGUUAUGGAGGAUUAAAGGAGCAGUGGGAGGCUAGGCUAAGAUAGUGAGGAGGAAAAAAAUUUACAACCAACGCCCCUUCAUUGCCCUUAAAUAAUAUUAAGAAAGGCUUUAGGUGUGUCAUUUUAUUUACACAUUUUUAAGUAAGAAACCAAGACAGAACCGAGAUUCUGACCGUUGAGCACAUGAACAACCCUCCACCAACCAAACGAAAGGGGAACUGAGUUGAGGACAGACUACGGAGAGAAAGGAGGACCGAAACAGAAAAAAACCUUACUGACAUGUCAACAACAGCCACGAUGGGUGAAAUGGCAAACAGUGCGGUGGAGUUUUAUCCCAAAGGGACUCGAGGCACGGGUGGAGGAGGAGGAAGGCCAGAUGGAAGCCAUGCAGGGGGAGACUUCGGGGUCACGGUAAUGGAGCUCAGGGAGCUGAUGGAGCUCAGAGGGACCGACGCCCUGCAGAAGAUCCAGGACAGCUACGGAGACACAGAGGGGCUCUGUCAGAGACUACAGUCCAGCACCACUGAAGGUCUCAGUGGGGACCCAGCAGACCUGGAGCGCCGGGGCCAAACAUUUGGCCAAAACUUCAUCCCUCCUAAGAAGCCCAAGACUUUCAUGGAGCUGGUGUGGGAGGCCUUACAGGACGUCACGCUCAUCAUCUUGGAGGCCGCUGCCAUCAUCUCCCUUGGCCUCUCUUUCUACCAGCCUCCCGGAAAGGAUACUGAAUCAUGUGGGAACGUGUCAGCUGGAGAGGAAGAAGAAGAGGGUGACACUGGCUGGAUUGAGGGUGCAGCCAUCCUGCUGUCUGUGGUGUGUGUCGUCCUGGUUACGGCGUUUAACGACUGGUCCAAAGAGAAGCAGUUCCGUGGUCUACAGAGUCGGAUCGAGCAAGAACAGAAGUUCACUGUCGUGCGGAAAGGAAACGUCAUCCAGAUCCCUGUCGCUGACAUGGUGGUGGGAGACAUGGCGCAGGUCAAAUAUGGGGACCUGCUGCCAGCUGAUGGUAUCUUGGUUCAAGCGAACGACCUGAAGAUAGAUGAGAGCUCUCUUACAGGAGAGUCUGACCACGUACGCAAGUCUGUGGAUAAGGACCCCAUGCUGCUCUCAGGUACCCAUGUGAUGGAGGGCUCGGGCAGGAUGCUUGUGACAGCUGUAGGAGUCAACUCGCAGACGGGCAUCAUCUUCACCCUGCUGGGUGCUGGAGAAAUGGAGGAAGAUGGGAAGGAGAAGAAAGGAAAACAACCUGAUGGAGCUGUGGAGAACAAUCAGAACAAAGCCAAGAAGCAGGAUGGGGGUGUUGCCAUGGAGAUGCAACCCCUGAAGAGUGCCGAGGGAGGGGAGGUAGAGGACAGAGAGAAGAAGAAGACCAACAUUCCAAAGAAAGAGAAGAGCGUGUUGCAGGGCAAGCUCACCAAACUGGCUGUUCAGAUUGGCAAAGCAGGUUUGGUGAUGUCGGCCAUCACCGUCAUCAUCCUGGUGCUGUAUUUUGUCAUCAACACGUUUGUCGUUGAAGGUCACACAUGGUUGACAGAGUGUACUCCGGUCUACAUCCAGUACUUUGUCAAGUUCUUCAUCAUUGGCGUCACUGUGCUGGUAGUGGCUGUCCCAGAGGGCUUACCUCUCGCUGUCACCAUCUCUCUGGCUUACUCUGUGAAGAAAAUGAUGAAGGACAACAACCUUGUACGCCACCUGGAUGCCUGUGAGACCAUGGGCAAUGCCACAGCCAUCUGCUCUGACAAGACCGGCACCCUCACCACCAAUCGCAUGACUGUGGUGCAGACUUUCUUAGGUGACGUGCACCACCGUGUGGUCCCAGACCCUGGACUGGUCAAUCCCCGGACGAUGGAUCUAUUAGUCAAUGCUAUUGCUAUCAACAGCGCCUACACCUCCAAGAUUUUACCACCUGAUGUGGAGGGGGGUCUGGCUAAGCAGGUGGGCAACAAGACGGAGUGUGGCCUGCUGGGAUUUGUGUUAGACCUGCAGCAAGACUACGCCCCUGUCAGAGAGCAGAUCCCUGAGGAGAGACUGUACAAGGUGUAUACGUUCAACUCAGUGCGUAAAUCCAUGAGCACGGUGAUCAAGCUGCCUGACGGAUCCUUCCGCCUCUAUAGCAAAGGAGCCUCUGAGAUCAUGCUGAAGAAGUGUUCCUACAUCCUCGAUCCCAAUGGAGAAGCACGCGGUUUCCGCCCUCGUGACAGAGAUGAGAUGGUCAAACAGGUGAUUGAGCCAAUGGCAUGUGAAGGGUUGAGGACCAUCUGCAUUGCAUACCGCGACCUCCCAUCCAAUCCGGAGCCAGACUGGGAAAACGAGGCAGAAAUAGUGACAGAGUUGACCUGCAUAACAGUGGUUGGGAUAGAGGACCCUGUGCGGCCUGAGGUGCCCGAUGCCAUCCGUAAGUGUCAGCGUGCAGGCAUCACGGUGCGGAUGGUGACUGGUGAUAACAUUAACACAGCCAGGGCCAUCGCUGCUAAAUGUGGCAUUAUCCACCCUGGUGAUGACUUUAUCUGUCUAGAGGGAAAAGACUUCAACCGACGAAUCAGGAACGAGAAAGGAGAGAUCGAACAGGAACGUAUCGACAAAAUCUGGCCCAAACUCCGCGUGCUGGCCCGGUCCUCGCCUACAGACAAACACACACUAGUCAAAGGCAUCAUCGACAGCACCGUCAUAGAACAGAGGCAGGUUGUCGCAGUAACAGGAGAUGGAACCAAUGACGGGCCAGCUUUGAAGAAAGCUGAUGUGGGCUUUGCCAUGGGCAUCGCAGGGACAGACGUGGCUAAAGAGGCGUCUGACAUCAUCCUGACUGAUGACAACUUCAGCAGUAUUGUCAAGGCGGUGAUGUGGGGACGAAAUGUCUAUGACAGCAUCUCCAAGUUCCUGCAGUUCCAGCUCACAGUCAACGUAGUGGCUGUCAUAGUGGCCUUCACCGGGGCCUGCAUCACUCAGGACUCUCCUCUGAAGGCGGUGCAGAUGCUGUGGGUGAAUCUGAUCAUGGACACGUUUGCUUCUCUGGCCCUGGCCACCGAGCCCCCCACGGAGGCCCUGUUGCUACGGAAACCCUACGGCCGGAACAACCCACUCAUCUCACUAACCAUGAUGAAGAACAUCCUGGGCCAUGGAGUGUACCAGCUGGUCAUCAUCUUCACCUUGCUGUUCAUAGGUGAGCGCAUGUUUAACAUCGACAGUGGCCGCAACGCCCCACUCCACUCCCCUCCCUCUGAGCACUACACCAUCAUCUUCAACACCUUCGUCCUCAUGCAACUUUUCAACGAGAUCAAUGCUCGCAAAAUCCACGGAGAGAGAAACGUCUUUGACGGAAUAUUUUCCAACCCCAUCUUCUGUUCCAUCGUUUUGGGGACGUUUGCUGUGCAGAUCGUGAUCGUGCAAUGGGGAGGGAAGCCCUUCAGCUGUGCCCCGCUCAACGUGGAGCAGUGGCUCUGGUGUCUGUUCGUGGGAGUUGGAGAGCUGCUCUGGGGGCAGGUGAUCGCCACAGUGCCGACAGAGCGUCUGCCAUGCCUGAAGGAGGCGGGCCUGGGCCUGGAGCCCGGGGAGGAGGAAGGGGAGGAGCUGGCAGAGGACGAGGAGGAGAUCGACUGCGCUGAGAGAGAGCUGCGCCGCGGACAGAUCCUCUGGUUCAGAGGCCUCAACCGCAUCCAGACCCAGAUGGAGGUAGUGAGCACGUUCAAGCGAAGCGGUUCGUUUCAGGGAGCGGUGAGAAGGCGCUCCUCUGUGCUCAGUCAGCUCCACGACGUAAACACUAUCUCUACCCCCUCUCACGUAGCUCUCUCCACUGCAACAGCCAAUACCAGCCCAGCCCCCGGGAAUGCGAGUAGUGAAAGCAUUCCGUAGUUCGCUGUACGAGGGCCGGGAGAAACCGGAAUCCCGCAACUCCAUCCACAAUUUCAUGGCCCACCCAGAGUUCCUCAUCAACGACCUCAUCCACAACA